AUGGCAGCAAUGUUCAUAACUAGAAACGCCCUCUUCCGCUUCUCAAAGUCUUUCCCUUACGCCCCUUCACUCUCCCACAAACCCUCCAGAGUCACCUUCGCCCCUUCCUCCAACUAUUCAGACUGGAGAAAUGUAGCAGCAGAAGGAACGCGAGACUCGAGAGCCAACUGGGCCUACGAUUCUCCAGAGGCAAAACGCGAAGCAGAUGAAAUGUCAGAGAGAGCGAAGGAAACGGUGAGUGAAGGCAUGGACAGAGCCAAAGAGCAAGCUCAAGAAAUGAAAGACAGAACCAAAGAAUACGCACAUGACGCCAAGGAGAAGACAAAGGAAGGGGCAGAGAGUGCAAAAGAGAAGGCAAAAGAUUAUGCUUAUGACACAAAGGACAGUGCAAAGGAAGCUGCAGGAACUGUGGCUGAUAAGACGAAAGAAGGAGCUGAGAAGACGAAGGAGAAGACGGAGGAGGUUGCUGGGUCGGCGAGCGAAACGUUGAAGAAUGUAGGGGAAAAGGCAAAGCAAAGCGUGCAAGGGGCGUGGGAGACGGCGAAGGACACCACGCAGAAGAAAGGAGACGGUGGUUGGUAA